AUGAGCUAUCCCAAUACAAUCAUUGGAUUAGGCUCCGUGGCUUUGGCCAUGCUCUUCCCUCCUUUGGCAUGGCAUUCAAAGACACGGAACACUCCAGCCAUCAUUCUGAUAGUUUGGCUAAUUAUUAUGGACAUAAAGUUGAUUGUCGAUGCCGCUAUCUGGGGCGGGUCAGAUUUUGCGCAGAAGUGGGCUGGUUAUGGCUGGUGCGAUUUGAUGAUCAAAUUGCAAGUAGGUGCAAAUGUAGGUAUAUCCUGUUCCGUGGCCAACAUUGCCUACAAUCUACAUACUAUCCUGAAGGCCGAUACAGUUUUACCCGAACCUAACUCGUGGCGAAAACUUGGUGUCGACUUGAGCAUCAGUUUAAUCACACCAAUAUUGACUAUGGGGCUCUCAUGCCUUGUUCAGGUGUUCAGGUAUGGGAUCUUCAGGUACAACGGUUGCCAGAACCUGCUUUCCCCAUCAUGGCCAACGGUAUUAGUUUACACGUUAUGGAUGUUUGUGUGGUCCCUUGUAGGAUUCAUUUAUGCCGUUCUACUGCUAUAUGUUUUCUACCGCAAGCGUAAAGACGUCAGGGAUAUUUUGCACUGUACAAACAGCGGUCUCAAUCUGGCUAGAUUUUCGCGCCUCUUAUUCUUUUGUGUCCUGAUCAUUCUUGUCAUGUUUCCAUUCUCGUUUUAUUCAUUCGUAGAGGAGCUGCAACAAUUGAGCGGAGGUCUCGAUUUUCAAGCAGCGCAUGAUAACGCUUUUUGGAAUGUCAUUGUACGUCUAGAUGUGAAUAGGCCACUCUAUAGUGUGUGGCUUUACAUAUUGAUGUCGUACUUAGUAUUCAUGGUAUUUGGGUUGGGCACGGAUGCGCUCAACAUGUACGCUGGGUGCGCAAGAUGUAUGGGGAUGGGACCACUGCUGGAUUCUGUAUCGGAGUUCAUGGAGAAAAGGGCCAAAGAACGCAACUCAAAGGCAGUGUCCGAUUUCUACAGUGAACAAGAGACUUACAAAGGUGUUACUAAUUCAGGCAGCACAUCUGAUGGCACCGAUGUCUUCAAGUCUAUGAAGGGUUUUUCGGACGGCAGCUCUUUUGAAAUGGGAGGGUCCACUCCGACGUCACCCUCCCAUUUUGUCAUUGACUAUGUAUUACCUCACGAGCGCGUGCGUAAGGGAAAGAUGGGGCAGAAAGGAGGGAUACUUGAAGAUCUCGAGAAUAUCCCCUACUCGGCCUAUCCCACAGAUGCUAUAAAUUACGAGGAAGAGGCACCUCUUAGUGACGAAGCCUUUUGUGGUCCACCAGUAAGCCACGUAUCCUACCACAUCUAUGGAACAGGUUCCCAUUCGGAUAUCAAUAGCAGCGGCAGGGACCAAGUUGACUGCACGCCUUCCUCGAGUUUCAACGUGAAGGACUUGGUUUGA